GCAUUAUUGUUAUUACCGCCGGACUGCUGUAAAUAGCUGUAGCUGAAGCUGUCGCGGUAGCUGCUGUUGCUGCUGCUGUUGCUGCUGUUACUGCUUUACCCUCUUGGCUUAGCUUCUUUCCUUCAGCUUCCUUUCUCCUCUCUUCCUGCUCUCUUAUCAUCAAUUCUUCUUCUCCCUCUCCUCUUUCCUUUCCUUCUUCUCCUCUCUUCUCCUCUUCUUCCUUGUAAAACUUCUGCCGUUCCCCCUUCCCCUCCCCAGAAUAGUAGCGUCUCUUUAUAACUUCUAUUACGUACACCUGCUCUUCUUACCUUGCACGUCUCUUUACUGCGACUGUGAUAUACACAUCACCAUCCUACCCUCGCCCAUUCGAAUAUCUACUUAAUCACUUUCAUCAUGUUGGCCUCCUCGCUCUUCGCCCUCGGUCUGGUCGCCUCGGCCACCGCCGCUUCUACCGGCAACUACACUCUACCUGAUGGGUUCGACCUGAACGCCAUCUCCUCUGGCACCCGCGCCUCUUGGUGUACCGCGGAGCGCAACUCUUGCCCUGAGAUUUGUGGUGGAGUCGCUACCAGCAACUCCUGCGACUCGACUACCUUGGACUUCUCCUGCAUCUGCUCCAACGGUUCCGCCGCCGACGUGUCGCUUUAUGCGCAGACCGUCCCCUUCUUCGUUUGUCAGGCCAAUUAUGCCCAGUGCAUUAGCAACUCGUCCAGCUUGACUGAAGAAGAGCACUGCAAGGACUAUGAGAAGACCUGUGGCACCCUGAAUGCGUCGGCUGCCUCGACCACCUCGUCCACCACCUCGAGCGCCACCAGCUUGACUACGGCUACUAGCACCAGCACUAGCUCUGACAAGUCUACCACGGCUACCGGGACCAGCACCUCGAGCAGCACUAGCAGCUCGUCCACGGCCAACGCUGCCGUUCGUUUGGCCCAGGAGCAUGCCACCGGUCUGUUGGCCACCGCAUUGUUUGUGGGACUGCGCCUGGUGUUGUAAGUGAAAGAAUUGAGAGCGAAAACGACCCGAAGGAAGGGGCGUGUUAUGUGCAAGCGGGUCAACGAACACCAACUGAUUGGGACCGUUCGCAUAUUUUAAUGCCUGUGGGUGUGGGGUUAGAGUGCUAAUUCUGCCUUCCAAGACAUUUCUCCGAGUCUGUGUAGUGGUAAUACCAUGUUUCAAGGGGAGGAAGGGUGAUGGUUGUUGUGGUGGUUGUAUGUUCUACGACUUGAUGUCAAAUACGAUUAUUCCCCGCUGGGCGCCCAUAGGAGGGGUCGAUCCUUGCACAUUAAUUUAAUCCGCCAUUGAGCUGAUUCGUUUUUC